AUGGAGUCCGUCAGCUCUCAGCAGUAUCAGGGCCUGGCUCUCUUUCUGGGAGAGUCCCAAAAAGAGAGCCAGUUAUCACAGUUGUCAGGACCUGAUGUACCAACGUCCAUUGCAGUUCUAGGAGGGGUGGGGGGAGGAGACGGUGCCACCAGUACCUCCGCGAGGGUGAGGGUGUGUUUUGACAGCCAUGGUCUGGAGUCCAGCAUCCUGAGAGUGGUCCAUCGCCACGAGCAACAAGCAGGAGGGAGGGGGUGUCGUCCCACUGUGAUGAUGGUCGCCAGGGAGAUUCUUCAAGAAGCACUGGAGCAGAUCUGUGCACCGCUGGGGGAGCUGCUAGGAGAGGCCCUGCGGCUUCGGUCGGAGGAGCUGUGGAGGAAAGAGGGCCGCCGCUCAGAGGACCUGGAGGAGCUGCUCAGGAAGUUGGAGGAGAGGAGCGGCGUCUCACCGUACGAGGUCACAACCAGUCCUAACAUUGGGGAAACUCUGCAAGAUAUAGAGCAGGUGUUUCUGAAGGAGCUGAAGGAGUUCUCUGAUGGUGAGCUGACCAUGUCCUUCACCACUGUGCCAGUAGACUUGGAGGACUGGAAUGAUCGUCAUGAACUAACGAGGGAGUUGAAGUUGUUCUGUCAUCGCCGUGGUUAUGAAAGCCUAGUCGUAGUGUCAUCUCUGCAGAAUGACCCUCGCCAUGCCCACCAGCAGGUUGGGGUGUUCUCAGACAACUCUGACAUUCUGAACCAGCUCUGCUGUGAGCUGGAGGAAUCAGCGAACGUCUCAGUGGGGCUGGAGCCAGUGGAAUGUCUCCAGGGUACCCAGGGUUCACUGCAGCUCUACUGCUACCAGGCAGAAACACCAAAAGACCUGAGACCCCUGGUCAUGCAGCUCCUCAAAGAGUUCAUGGAUCGCAGGAGACGCAUGUUAGCCUGUGGCCCCAGCAGCAGGACCUCCUCCACAGAGGGUGUGGCAGGCAGCGCCCCUCUGUCCCAGGGCUCUUCGGGAUUCACCGACAUGUAUGGCUCUGACGUGGAGAGGCCAGAGGGCCCGGUCGCCGCGACGAUGCCCGCUGAUGUGGGAGCCGAUCUGGUGAGCCCGGACAGUGGCCUGGCGACUGUGCGCAGCAGCCGCUCGUCCAAGGAAAGCUCAGUGUUUCUAAGCGAUGACAGCCCGGUCGCCGAAGCAGCAGCCGGUGGUUUCCUUUUGAACCCAGCCCUCGGGUUCCCCUCUCUGUCCCCUAUCCCGCCUGAGAAGAAGCGUUCGUGCAGGAACAGGAGUAGUGAGAACUUUGAGCUGUUCAGCUUUGACCCACUGCACAGCAGUAACACCUCUCCACCAGCAGAAGGUGCCUUACCACGCUCCUCUGUAGGUACAGAAGUCCACGGCAUCUCCAGCUUGUCAGAAUUUGACGAACUGAGCAUGGUGGAUUUCUACAGCACUGAUGUCUCUGUUGGGCACGACUCAGUGGGUAGUGACCUGAGUGGAGGAAAAGCUCUGAUGGGCCAGAGUGUCAACAAUGUGCCGAACACUCCUGUCAACAGCCUCGAGGGUAGCUGCAUUCAGCCUGGCACAGACGUCUGCUUCUUUCCAGAGGACAUCGCUGAGAGAAUCAAAGGGCUACAGCACAAAGAGAGUGUGUCCUCUUCAGAGGCCUGGGAUGACUUUGGCUUUGACACCAAGGGCUCCACCUCUGAUGACGUCAACACCUGGAGCCUGACAGAGGCUGGGUACGUCGGUACAGAUUGUCUGAACCCUGACACAGAUCUGGAGGGAGUGAGAGAGAAAGAGAGCGGAGGCGGGGAUUUGAGGAAUGCUAAGACCCAGGACGAGAAGGAAGUAUGUUCCAAACCAGUGGAGAGACAGCUCACCCUGGUGAAUGAGUACAUAGAACCAUACGACACCUGGAACCCAGACUCAGGCUUCACAGAACCAUGGCAGCCGGCAACAUUAAGCGAUCUGCAGCUUACUCCUCCAGAUGAAGAAAACGGAGAGAAAAAACGACUCAAAGUCUCAGCUCAUUCAGGGCCCUCUGUGGUGCGAAAGAAGCGGGAGGCUCUGGCCCCCCUCACGCCAGAUACAUCAAAGGAGGAAGAAGAUGAUGUAGACCGGAAAGCCUCAGAGCUGGACUUCUGGACCUACUCAGCCCAGAAGGGAUUCCUCAAAUCAGACAGCGCCACCAGCGCCACCAGUGUCACAACCGCGUCUUACCCAGAGUCUUUGGACCUAUGGAACAUGACCAUCCACGAGGACAGCCAAUCCACGCUCACCACCCCAGACAUGACCAACCUAUCUGAGCGGUCAGACUCCUGCGGGCUCCCUGCACGGGGAGCAUCCUUGGAGAGUCCAGUGGGUGUGUCCAGGGAGGGGAUGGACAUGUGGAACACCACCAUACAGGAGGACAGCGCCUCCACGUCAACGAGUCCAGAGGUUGCUGGGACUGGGAGGGAGGAGCUUUCUGGCAUGGAGUCCUGGGAGAUAGACCUGAAGCAGCUUAAGGGGGUGGACAGAUGUUCAGAAGAGGCGUGUCCACUUCAACAGGGGUUGUGGAGGCAGGCCCAGAGAGUUCAGAUAGUCAUUCAAGGGGACGAGGGCCAAACAUGGUACCAGUCAGGACAUGAUCGUCACAUGACGACAGAGAAUUUUAUUACCCAGGAUUACAUCCCACCGGAACAAGAACCGGACACGUGGGCCACACUUGUCCCCAUUUCCAACAUGGUAACGUCUACCUCAGAGUAUGAUAACGUAGGAGAAAACAUCUGGAGUCAGUCUUCCUUACCAGACUCCCAGGCCAGUCCUGGAACAGACACUACUGAGCAUAUUGAAGGUCAGUCCAGCCCUUUUAUAGCAGUGCUGAAGCCAGACUGUAACUGUGAUAGCGGGUCAACAGCAACAGGCAUUGAACAGUUAAAUUUUGAGAGGGGUACUGGCAAACAUGUGUUCUUAUUUGAUGGAAACUCUGGACCUGGUCACAAGACUAAGAGUGGGCAGCUUCCAGAUCCAGGAGUCACUUCUGUGGAGAGUGACUAUGACAACAACAUAGGGGAUGGGUCUGAGGCAUCCGAGGGCCCUGAUUGGACUGAGGACGUUAGUAGCCAUUCUCCAUUCGUGCUGGUGGAUGAGGCCUCCUCCCCGACAGAAUGUGACCUCUUGCCUCUGGGUCCCGGCGAGAAGCCAGCAAACGAGCUGAACUGUGAUCAAACAUGGAGAGACCCUGCCACAACUCAGACUCAGCUUGACAACUGGGAUCAUCUCUUCACCCCUGCCGUAAAACCGGGUGAUUCUGAAUUGCCGCCAAAUGGGGCAUCGCCCCUCAAAUGGACUACUAAAGUGAUCUAUCCGGAUGGGGGAUCUCAUCAUAUGGAAGAUAGUAGCACAAUGGAUGCUAUUUCACUGAGCUCCAGCUCCGGGGGGAAAGAGGGGCUCAAACCCAGCCCAGAUAGUCUUCCUCUGGGCAGCCGUGAGGAUGUCAGGUCCAACUCAGAUGGAGAGUCCUCCUCAGGCCUGGAGAUGGACUACAUCAUCGUGUCAGGGACUGUUAGAGAGAACGGGAAUAGGGAUAUAACCAGAGACCAGGAUGGCGGCAGGACGGAGGGGUCUAGAUCCUUAGAGACAAGCCGCCACCAGUCAGAAAGUAGAUUAGUUGACCUUGGUAGAUCGGAUUUGGAUGACAACAGCCGUGAUGUGCAGACAAACGCCAUAGUAGUAAAGAGUAGCAGCGCCACCUUGAGAUACCCAGCAGAACAGCACUUCCUUAAAACCAGGGAGGAGGUGUAUGUCCACUCUCAGAUAUCUCUGGAGGACUCAGACUCAGAUGGUCUCUCCCCUUCCCCCCCGCCACCCCUGCCCCCACGAAACCAGGGAUGGGGCUCUCUACCGAGGAAACAGGAGGACCACCAGCUCCAGCACACAACCCCCCAGUCCCCGCUCCCCCUCACAGACAGCUCCCAAUCCCCACUGGGAGAUAACUCAUUGAUUGGCACUCCCGAGAACCAAUCGGUUGGACCCUCCCCUGUUCAGGAGGUGGGGCUGCCGUUCUCUGGCGACCUCAUGGAUGAGGGGGAAAAGGAAGAGGCAGAGUUUGGUGUGGAACCUCCCGGUUGGGAUACAGGUGAGCAGGUGGAGAAAGGAGUAUGUGGGGUGAUAAAUAGCCACGCGGUUGAAACAUACUUUGGGCAAACUGUUGAACUCCUGGAGAAUGAACAUCCAAGUGGGGAUAAUUUCUCGGAGGAUGGUAGAAAAAUGACAUCACAGUCCGAGAGCCGUGACAGGUUCUUACAGGGUCAAGCUGAAUCAGAGCAACCAAUGAGGAACCAGCCUCAAAGCACUUCACAGGGCCUUGAAGACCUUCCUGUCAAUCUGAAAAUCAGAGGCCAUGGAGAUGAUUAUGAAGAAACACCCUCCUCCUGUCCUGGCUAUAUCCCCUCCACAGCUAAUGGAGCCAGCUCCCCUCAGUCUAACACAAGAAUUAAAGAGGUUACGUCCCUGUCUUGGAGCCAGCAAGCCAGUGAGAGAGUUCCUCAGCAGGGUCCAGCAGAUCAGAACCAAGCCAAUAUCAGUCACACACAGGACGGAUGUGACCACGCUGGCCACCAAACACGUACUGACCAUCCACCUGAAGGCCACCGUGAAACGGAAGACCUCGUCUACUACCAAACCCAAACCCAAGAGCAUGCUGAAGACUGGAGAGUUGAUGGCCUCAGCCAACAUCAUGAAGCUGAAGUACAUACUACUCCCUACUACUACCAUACUAAAGACAAUGUCCAAGACCAAACUGAGGACCGUCUCCAUUAUGCGGGUGAAGGCCAGGCUCACUGGGAGGCUGAAUGUCAAGAACACUCUAGAACUCUUGAAGAGACAGGUGACCCCACGGGCAACGGACUCCAUCAUGAAGAUCAUUACGCGAUUGAAGAGCAGACCCCCUAUGUCCCUGAUGGCUACGCCCACUUUCUACUUGCCAGGCCCACCUCGGAGUAUCCUGGGAUGAUUACUUCAAAUGAAGAUGACGCGGAUGGGUCGGAAAACAGACAAGAUCCCCCCUCUUCUUUAGGGCAGACUGGAUCCAGUAUCCCCCCCAGAAAGAAGCUUGUGGCCCCUUCUAUGAGCUUGUCUCUGGACCACAGUGAGGGCUCCCUCCAGUCUGACGAUGCCCUGGACACGCCUGACGAUGCCCUGGAUACAGGCGAUGAUCUAGACAUCAAUGUUGAUGAGCUGGACACACCUGACGAGGCAGAUUCCCUGGAGUUCAAUGGGCUAGGUGACCUCCAAGGAUCAAAACAGGAAACUGACAGGGAGCCAAGCGAGGCCAUCCCAGAAUACAGUGCAGAGGAGGAGCGACAGGACACCAAACUGUGGAGGACAGUUGUCAUCGGGGAGCAGGAGCAUCGCAUCGACAUGAAGUGCAUCGAGCCUUACCAAAGAGUCAUCUCUCACGGAGGUUACAAUGGUGACCUGAAUGCCAUUGUCGUAUUUGCAGCCUGUUUCUUACCCGACAGUGACUGUGAUGGUUACAAUUACAUCAUGGAUAACCUCUUUCUGUAUGUGAUCAGCACUCUGGAGCUCAUGGUUGCAGAAGACUACUUAAUUGUGUAUCUUAAUGGAGCCACACCCCGUAGAAGGAUGCCUGGAUUGGGUUGGAUGAAGAAGUGCUACCACAUGAUUGACAGGAGGCUUAGGAAGAAUCUCAAGUCCUUUAUCAUUGUCCAUCCGUCAUGGUUUAUCCGAACGGUGUUGGGAGUCAUCAGACCCUUCAUAAGUUCUAAGUUCAGCAGUAAGAUUAAGUAUGUGAACAGCCUGACAGAGCUACAGGAGCUAAUUCCAAUGGAGUAUGUGCACAUCCCUGAGAGCAUUAUCAAGUACGAAGAGGGGAGAGGUAUACAGACAUUUGCAUGUAUGAGACUGGAAAAAGAAUUACAGGAGGCAACUAAAGUGGAUAAGAGACUGAACUCUGGUGGUGUUUGAUCUUUCCUUGAUGCCUGCUACCAUAUGACCCUGUAGUUAAGAUUUGACCACAUUUGGUCCUACAUGCUGACAUCUGUGGUGAGAAGAGAAGCUACGCUACCAUGAACUGUAUGAUAACUUAUUAGCCUGUCCCUGCAAAAAAAAGAGGCACAGAAGCAAGAUCACAGGAGGCCCCGAAGUUAGCAUUUAAAACCAAGCACUGUUCAACGUAUAAUCACUUUCAGCAAACAAGUAAGCAUGUAUAUUUAAAGGGAAACUGACAUGUUUUGGGUAGAAAUGGAGAUUGUGAGAGUUUUUGAAAAAACAUGUAAUUACAUUUAGACCUUUUUUAUGUAAUAAAUUGUUAUAAAAACCUCUCAAUUAGACAAUUACUAAGUUAUUUUCCAGAUAAGGUUCACAAGGUCGUCCCCACAUACAGUUGUCCUCAUUAAAACGUAUUUAGCUGCUGCAGUGAUAUUUUAUUGCCCCUGGCAGUGUUUACCAAGUUUAUCAGCAAUCAUCUACCAAUAAGCAAUGUAAUGAAAUAAUUUUCCUGAAAUAUUUAUCUGACAGUGAAAACAAGGUUUGAACUAUAAUUUUGUCUGUCUGUCCGUACGUGUGUAAGUGCACGUGUGUGUGUGUGAGUCAAGUUAGCCACUGCAUUCACAUACUGUAAAUGAUGUAUGUAAAAGUAAAGCUCUGUUACCCUCGUGCCUGAUGUCUGCAGUGUGACCUUUCUCUGUGAGUGUUGUUCAAGUCUAUUGUUAGGUGGAAUAAAAAAAAGGGAAUCUUUAA